AUGAUCAUUUCUUCUUCUUCUUCUUCUUCUUCUUAUUAUUAUUAUUAUUAUUAUUAUUAUUAUUAUUAUUAUUUUAUACAUAUCAUCACUGGCAUGAUUGUCAUCCUUCUUCUUCUUCUUCUUCAUUAUUAUUAUUAUUAUUAUUAUUAUUAUUAUAUAUGUAUCAUCACAGGUGAGUUGAUUUACCUUCCGUACCGUUCCUUACCAUACCUACCCUUUUUCGUACCGUUCCCUUUUCCUUAUUGUUCUCUACCGUACCAUUCCCUUCUAUACCUUUCCUUACCGUACAGUUUCCAUCCGUACCAUUGCUUAUCGUACCAUUCCAUACCGUACCGUACCCUAUCGUACCGUACCUUAAUGUACCAUUCCCUACCGUACAGUUACCUUCCGUACCGUUACUUACCAUACCGUUCCUUUUCCGUACCGUCCCCUACCAUACCAUUCCCAUCAAUACCGUUCCUUACCGCACAGUUUUCAUCCGUACCAUUGCUUACCGUACCAUUCCCUACCGUACCCUACCCUAUCGUGCCGUACCUUAACGAACCAUUCUCUACCGUACGGUACUCUACCGUACCGUACAUUAACGUACCGUACACUUCUGCACCGUUCCUAUCUAUACCAUUCCCUACGGCACCGUUCCCUUCCAUACCAUUCACUACUGUACCGUUCCCUCCCGUACCAUUCUCAACUGUACCAUUCCUUACAGUACAGUUCCCUUCCGUACCGUUCCCAUCAAUACCGUUGCCUCUCCUACUGUUCCCUUCAGUAACGUUCCUUACUGUACCGUUCCAAUCCGUACCAUUCCCUACCUUACCAUUCCCUUUCGUAACGUUCACUACCGUACCGUUCCGUUCCGUAGCAUUCCCUUCUUUACCAUUCACUUCCGUAGGGUUUCCUAACGUACCCUUAACUUUUAUACCAUUCUUCCCGUACUGUUCCCUUCCGUACCAUUCCCUCCCUUACCAUUCGCUUCCGUACUGUACCCUACACCGUACCGUACCUUACCUCCCUCUCGGAACGAUCCCUACUAUACCAUUCCUUACCGUGCCAUUCCCUUCCGUACCAUCCAAUCUGUACUGUUCUCUACCACACCGUUCCCUUCCAUGCCAUUCCCUUGUGUGCCAUUCCCUAAUGUACCAUUCCCAUCCGUACCAUUCACUACUUUCACUUUCGUACCAUUCCUUACCAUACCGUUUCAAUCAUACCGUUCCCUCUCUUACCAUUCCCUUCCGUACCAUUCCCAUCCGUACCAUUCCCUACUGUACCGUUAACUUCCAUACCAUUUCCUUCUGUACCAUUCCCUUCCGUACCGUUCCCUACCAUACUAUUCCUUUCCAUAGCGUUCCAAUCCGUACCAUUCCCCACGGUACCAUUCGCGUCCUUACCAUUCCAUACCAUCCCCUCCUGUACCAUUCCCUUACGUACCGUUCCUUACUUGUACCGUUCACUUCCGUACAAUUACUUACCAUACCGUUCCCAUCUGUACCAUUCACAUCCGUAGCGUUUCCAUCUAUACCGUUCCUUACCAUACAUUUCCCUUCCACACCAUUCCUUGCUGUACCAUUCCCUCCCAUACAACUCCCAUCCGUGCCGUUCCUUCCCGUACAGUUCCCUCCUAUACCAUUCCCUACCAUACCAUUCCUUACUGUACCGUUCCCCCUCGUAUCGUUCCCUUCCGUACCAUUCCCUUCCAUAACGUUCUCUACCGUACCAUUCCUUACCAUACCAUUUCCUUCCGUACCAUUCCAAUCCAUACCAUUCCCUACCAUACCAUUCCCUAGUGUACUGUUUCCUUACGUACCGUUCCAGAUGAAGAAAAUAAAAAUAAAUCACAUUCAGUGUAGUGGUUUAUUGCCAAACAUUGAUUUGUAA